CAGUUCUUCCAGGUAAACAUAACCAUAAACAUAAUCAGUGAUAAACAAAUGCAGUGAUGGACGAUAGGAAAGGGACGCCGGAAAGCGAUUACAGCAUCGAGUGCUUUCAGAAUUACACCGCUCCAGAGGUUUUCAUUCAGGGUUUGGCCGGCAUCGUCGAUCAGCAGGACGUGGAAUCAAUGAUAAGAGCGCAAAAGCAAAUGUUGCAGCGCUUCGAGAAAACAAACGAGAUGUUGACGAACUGCAACGCGCUAAGUGCACUUAGAUUGAAAACAGUCGGACCGGAAUUCAAGAAACACACCCAAAUGCUGCUCGACAUGAAGAAGGAUCUGGAUUACAUCUUCAAGAAGAUCCGACUGAUCAAGGGAAAGUUAUCGAAUCAGCAUCCACAGGCUUUCGCUGAAGCGGUUCGAAGUAGUUUGGCUGAGGAGUGCGAGGAGGAUGGGAGCUUCGAUAGCCAGAAGGAGAUUGAGAGCAACGACAAUUAAUUGAGAAAAGCUUAUUUA